AUGUCACACCCAAGGGUAGAAGAAGUCUCGGACAGCGACGACAACAACUCGGACCCCUCCGAGGGUGACAUUGACGAGUUUGACGAUACCGACAUCAUCCAGCGCAUCAACCCACAACAAUCAAGACCGGCCACCACGCAGACCACCACCCUACCAAGCAGACCAGCAACAACACAACAACAUCACCUCCCUCAACAGCAACACGUCAGCGACGCCUCCCAGUUCGCCGAUUUCCAGUGCCUGUACCCGGUGUACUUUGACGCGACGCGGACGCGGGCCGAGGGGCGGCGCGUGAAGCGGUCCGAGGCGGUGCGGAACCCGCUGGCGCGCGAGAUCGCCCAGGCCUGCGGCAACCUGCAGCUUCAGGCGCUGUUCGAGCCCACCAAGACGCACCCGCGCGACUGGGCGAACCCGGGCCGCGUCAAGGUCAAGGUUAAGGGUUCCGGGAGCCAGCACGUCAAGAACAAGCACCACCUAUACCUGCUGGUCGCCAAGCAUCUGCGCGAGAACCCGGCCACCGAAAACUGCCGCGCCCUUAGGUCCGUCGCCGUGCCAGGGUUGCAGAUGCCCGAGGCCGGAAAGCCGUGGCCCAAGCCUGCGGUGCCGAGGGGUUGGAAGCUGGGCGAGCUGGUGCCGCACUACAGCCCCGCCGUCACCGGUGGUGGCGUCACCGAGAACUUUUUGCAGGACAUGAUGAAGGACAUGCAGGGUCUGGGUGGACCUGGAGGCGCCGGCGACAUGGCGAGCAUGUUGGCUGCCGCAGCGGGGCAGGGAGCGGGCUCAAGUGGGAGUGGUCCUAGUGAGGACAAGAAGGCAAAGAAGAAGGGAAAGAAGUGA